AUGUCCUUCGCCAAGUCGGCUUCACACGACCCAAUCAGUACACUCUCCGUGCCUUCCUUCACCCGCGUCGCCGCCAAACCCGACCCCCAUGUCACCUUCACCAUCGCCGUCUCCCUCCCGACACGAAGCUACUCAGUCCAGCAGCGCUACUCUGCCUUCGACCACCUCCAUCAGAAGCUCACAGCGACUUGCGGCGCACCUCCUCCCGCUCUUCUGCCGCCGAAACACCCCGGCAGCUGGUUCCUCUCCCCGCUCAAGGCGGGCCGUGAGUUGUCGGACGAACAGCUUGAGGAGCGUCGGGAAGGGCUCGAGCGGUGGUUGAGGGCGAUCUUGUCGGACCGCGAUCCUCGCUGGCGGGAUAGCAGGGCGUUCAAGGACUUCCUGGCGGCGCCGCCGGACGGACAGGUGGGGGCGAGCGAGAGGAAAUGGUCCGCGACGACCUGGACGGCAGAGCACCAUGCUCUCGAGGAGGAGGGACGACAGCUGCGUUCGCUGCUCGAUAAGCGGGACUCGCAGCUCCUCGCCAACUCGGCCGCGGCGCACGCGACCGCGAAAGACGCAAAGACGAAGCUCGUCGACCUCGUCCGGCGGCUAGGAGAUCUUACUCGAGCUCUCGAGACGCUUGCCAAGGAUGGCAUGACGGAGGGCGAGCUGCAACGACGAAGCGGGGCGGUACAGCGGUUGCAAGGCGAGGUGGAAGAGCUGGGGAGGAAGGCAGGAACGGCGCCGCGGAUAGGUAGCGGACGCAAGGCGGACGACGUCGAGCCUACCUCAGGCACGCGGAGCGCUUUGCUGUCCGGAGCAGGAUCCACGAAGCAGCCGACACGAGUUCUCGGCGCCGCAGCGGCCGCUUCCCUUGAAACGCCCGAGACUCGCCCGCUCGACAACGGCGGCAUCAUGCAACUUCAGCAGCAAUACAUGGACGACCAGGACACGAAGCUCGAGGCGCUCACUGCGGCACUGCGGCGGCAACGGCACCUCGGCGAGAUGAUCAAUUCGGAGCUGUCUCUCCAGGAGGACAUCCUCGACCAGCUCGAGACGGGCACGGACCGGGUGCAGGGGAAGAUGAGGACUGCAACAAAGCAGAUGAAGCGGUUGUAG